AUGAGUAAUCGACAAAGAAAGAGGAAUUUAUUGUUAGAUCUGAACAACAUUGCAUUAGACGAGUCUUCGCACGAUGAAGGGGCCUCUGAGUCUAUAUAUGUUCCCAUAAAUUAUCUCGAGGAAAUUGACGACGAUGUUGUUGAAUGUUCACCUCGAGAUUUUGCUCAGGCCGUGGCGAAUGCAGGGAGAACUCGUAAAAGAAUUGCAAUUGACUUGAAUUUGGAAUAUCAACCUAUGCCAACACCUGUUGAAAAUUAUAGAGAGAACAUGGAAAAUUCAACUCUUCCAUCAGAGAACAUAGAGAAUCCAACUAUCCCAACACCUGUUAUGAACUAUACAGAGAACAUAACUGAACCAAUUGGUCAAAGUAAUAUAAAUUUGGAAGUCAUCAUCAAUGAAGUUACUGAAAAUGACAAAACGUCACCAGAAGCUAACAAGGAAGAAGCUAACAAGGAAGUAUCUGACCCUAAUAUUCAAGUUGUUGAACCUCCAAAAGAGCCUGAACCUCCAAAAGAUCUUAUCUUAACCUGCCCCAUAUGUAUGGAAGCUUUUGUUGAGGCAAUGUCAACUGUGUGUGGCCAUAUCUUUUGCAAGAUUUGCAUUAAAAAAGCAAUAUCAAGACAAAAAAAAUGUCCUACAUGUAGAAAAAAGCUUACAUGUAGAGGGCUAAGAAGGGUGUUUAUUCCAUCUUCUAGUUGA